AUGGGCUCUCCACAGCAGUCUGUUGAUUUCAACAAUCAGCCCCCGCUUCCUUACAGGGACGAUAGCAGAAGCUUGUCCAAGGAAUAUGCCGAAGCCCGCGAUGCUCAAGAUCCUCUGGGACGCUUUCGCCAAGAGUUUAUCAUUCCUUCAAAGAAAGACCUGACGAGGAAAACCUUGGCUUUAACAGAAGAGGAAGACCCUUCUGACCCAAGAUGCAUCUAUCUUUGUGGAAACUCUUUGGGACUCCAACCUCAUAAUACGAAGAAAUACAUUGAACAGUACCUCCGAACCUGGGCAACCAAAGGCGUCACCGGACAUUUCGUGCCACAUGACGAUCAGUUACUUCCUCCAUUUGUCGAUGUCGAUGCAGCCGGAUCGAAACUUAUGGCACCAGUUGUAGGUGCGCUUCAGAGCGAGGUGGCAGUGAUGGGUACUUUGACUGCAAAUCUACACUUUCUGAUGGCAAGCUUUUAUCGCCCUACCCAAGAGAAGUACAAGAUUAUCCUCGAGGGGAAGGCUUUCCCAAGUGAUCAUUACGCUGUCGAGUCUCAGAUUCUGCAUCACAAUCUCAAUCCGAAAGACGCCAUGGUCCUGAUAGAGCCAGAAAACCCCGAUUUUCCAGUUCUCGGUACAGAGAAGAUCAUACAAAUAAUUGACGAGAAUGCCUCGAGUACCGCUCUGAUACUACUCUCCGCCAUUCAAUUUUAUACUGGACAGUACUUCGACAUUAAACAAAUCACUGCCCAUGCCCACUCGAAAGGAGUGGUAAUUGGCUGGGAUUGUGCUCAUGCAGCAGGCAAUGUUGACUUGAAAUUGCACGAUUGGGAUGUGGAUUUUGCUGCAUGGUGUACCUACAAAUACCUCAACAGUGGACCAGGAGGAAUGGCCGCAAUGUUCGUCCACGAGAAACAUGGACGUGUGGAAAUGGAAAAUACUGGGCCUGAGGGCCAGUUUCGUCCCCGGUUAUCUGGAUGGUGGGGUGGUGAUAAGAAGACUCGUUUCCUCAUGAACAACAAAUUCGUGCCCCAGGCUGGUGCAGCAGGAUACCAAUUGUCCAAUCCAUCCGUCCUAGACAUGAACGCAGUGGUAGCAUCCUUGGAGUUGUUCAGCCGAACAUCGAUGACAGAAAUUCGCCAAAAAUCCCUGGAUCUUACAGGUUACCUAGAAUACCUUUUGUCACAUAUGUGUGAUACCUCAGAGGCGAAACCAUUCUCUAUAAUUACCCCUUUGAAUCCAGCAGAACGCGGCGCUCAACUCAGUCUGCGCCUGAAGCCAGGCCUCCUCGAUUCUGUGUUGGAGAAGCUGGAGGAAAAUGCUGUCAUAAUCGAUGAAAGGAAACCAGAUGUGGUCCGAGUAGCGCCAGCACCUCUAUACAAUACGUAUAUGGAUGUAUGGCGGUUCUCACAGAUAUUCAUAGAAGCAUGUAGAGAAGCGGUCAAGAUACAAGGAUGA